UUCUGUUCGCCUGUCGCGGAUAAUGGGCUCCCAACACCUCAGGAGCAUACUGACAAACCUGUUCCCUGACCAGGCUGAUAUUUCCUCUUGUUUGCACUGAAUUUGGGCUUCCCUUCAGAUCACGAGGAAUGAUCUUGUCUCCUUUCGAUGACCGCAGAGGAAACUCUGCGUAAAUAAGCCGUCGUCUUUGCCGCUGCCCCGUCCCUUGCAGAGACGUCCCCCACUUUGCCCGAGCCGGGGAGCUGCGUCACCCCGGAGCCAGAUCCGCCACUAUGAACGUGACCAGCUUGUUCUCCUUCACAAGCCCGGCCGUGAAGAGACUUCUGGGGUGGAAGCAGGGCGACGAAGAAGAGAAAUGGGCCGAGAAAGCUGUCGAUGCCUUGGUGAAAAAACUGAAGAAAAAGAAAGGGGCCAUGGAGGAACUGGAAAAGGCCCUGAGCUGCCCGGGGCAGCCGAGCAACUGCGUCACCAUUCCCCGCUCCCUGGAUGGCAGGCUGCAGGUCUCCCACCGGAAGGGACUGCCCCACGUCAUCUACUGCCGCGUGUGGCGCUGGCCCGACCUGCAGAGCCACCACGAACUCAAACCACUGGAAUGCUGCGAGUUUCCUUUUGGCUCCAAGCAGAAGGAGGUUUGCAUCAACCCCUACCAUUAUAAGCGAGUAGAAAGCCCCGUUCUCCCUCCAGUGCUGGUGCCCAGGCACAGCGAGUACAACCCGCAGCACAGCCUCCUUGCCCAGUUCCGGAACCUGGGGCAGAACGAGCCGCACAUGCCGCUGAACGCCACGUUUCCCGACUCCUUCCAGCAGCCCAACAGCCAUCCGUUUCCCCACUCUCCCAACAGCAGCUACCCCAACUCUCCAGGGAGCAGCAGCAGCACCUACCCUCACUCCCCCACCAGCUCAGACCCGGGCAGCCCUUUCCAGAUGCCUGCUGAUACACCACCGCCUGCUUACCUGCCUCCAGAAGACCCCAUGACCCAGGAUGGCUCUCAGCCAAUGGACACAAACAUGAUGGCACCUUCGCUGCCCUCAGAAAUCAACAGAGGAGAUGUCCAGGCGGUUGCUUAUGAGGAACCAAAACACUGGUGCUCUAUUGUCUACUAUGAGCUCAACAACCGCGUGGGGGAAGCGUUCCAUGCCUCCUCCACAAGUGUGUUGGUGGACGGUUUCACUGAUCCUUCCAACAAUAAGAACCGUUUCUGUCUUGGGCUCCUCUCCAAUGUUAACCGGAAUUCCACCAUUGAAAACACUAGGCGACAUAUUGGAAAAGGAGUGCAUCUGUACUACGUGGGAGGAGAGGUGUACGCCGAGUGCCUCAGCGACAGCAGCAUCUUUGUGCAGAGUCGGAACUGCAACUAUCACCACGGCUUCCACCCCACCACCGUCUGCAAGAUCCCGAGCGGGUGCAGCCUGAAAAUCUUCAACAACCAGGAAUUCGCUCAGCUACUGGCCCAGUCUGUGAACCAUGGCUUCGAGACCGUCUACGAGCUCACCAAGAUGUGCACCAUACGCAUGAGCUUUGUGAAGGGCUGGGGAGCCGAGUACCACCGCCAGGAUGUUACUAGCACCCCCUGCUGGAUCGAGAUACACCUGCACGGCCCUCUCCAGUGGCUGGAUAAAGUUCUCACCCAGAUGGGUUCGCCUCACAACCCCAUUUCCUCUGUGUCCUAAACGGCCCCGGGCUCCUGCCUCUCCAAAACUCCUGAGCCUUGCAUGUACUUGAAGGAUGGCUGAUGCAUCGGACGGACGGAAAGACGAGCUGAGAAAGGAGCCUUGACAAUACUUGACCUCUGUGACCAACUGUUGGAUUGAGACAUUGAAACACCUUGGUAACAGACUGUUGAUAUCAAGAACCUGUUUAGUUUACAUCGUGACAUUCUAUUGUAAAAUCAACUAAAAUGCAGACUUUGAAGAGGACUUUGUGUCUAGUUACAGAAGAGAUGGCCAGGCCAGGGACACAUCAUCUAUUAGAUAAACAGUCCUAAGAGAUUCUUUUGUGUUUGGCACUUUAAGGGCCAUCAUUUGGCGGGUCCUCUUCCCGUGGGUUUUCAUAAUAUUUUAAAACGGUUAGUAAUGAAUGGUUUUUGUUUGUUUUUAAAGUAAAGGUUAAUCUUUAUGAUAUACAUAGUAAUCUUUCUAAAAAUUGUAUGCUGACCAUACCGCUGUCAGAAUAAUGUUAGUCAUAUGCUCUUUGCUAAAUAUGUCUGUACAGAAUAUUUGGAAGUUAUGAAUACUCUGAUGACCAGUGAAUCUGGAAGUAUUUGAGGGGCGGGAAGGGAAAAGUCACCUGCAAAUGUAGAGUCGACUGUAAAAUUCCGUUUGUUGCCUUCAACAAACUGGUGUCUGGAUUUUGCUGUGUUUCAGUUUUUCAGAGAUUUUUAAUCCUACUUUUUUUUUUCUUCUUCUAUCCCGUCCUCUCCACAAAGCAGUAAUGCAGCCAGUUAAUUCCUAUCACUGAGAGCAAAUGAAUACUUCCUGCUCACCUCAGAUCGACUGCUGUGUGUUUCAAUUCCAGUCUAUGGAAUGCUUGAAUUUAAUGAGCAGCUUUUGUGGAGUUCACAGAACUAGGCUUUAAUUUUCAAAUGAAUUGUUUGCCAAACCCAGUAACUCUGUUAAAUAUUUGCAGGAUUUAAAGAAGGUCCUUACUUAAAUCCAUUUCGAACUUUUUUAAUUUUUUUGUACUAUGUUUGGUUUUAUUUUUCUUCUGUUAAUCUUUUAUAUUCACCUAUGCUCUCAUACAUUGAGUGCUUUUAUUCCAAAACUAGUGGGUUUUCUCUACUGGAAAUUUUAAAUAAAUCUGUCAUUAUUGCUUACUUUGAUUAAAAA